CAGGAAACAAAGACUUGAUGAUGUCUUAAACUCACUAGCAGAAUGAUAAUAAUAAAAAAAAGAGUUUUAAAAAUAAGAAUUCAAAUGUAUUAAGAAUGAAAAACUCUCAAAGAACACAAAAGCCCAAGACCGUGACUAAAAACCCCGAAUCUAUGAAUGCAAAAACUAAAAAAAAAAUGAAAAAAUAAAAAAAUCCUCCACAACAGCACUGAAGUCAAAAGUCAUGAAUAUGGAACAAAACCCUGGGACCAUGACACCUUGACCAAGCGGAUGAGCCGGCAUAUCGACAAGGAACCUUUAAGUGUCACCGGAUUACUCAGUUAAAGCGAAAAUCUCUGUUUUUCCUUCCCUGCAUUGAAAAUCAGCGGAGCUGCACAUUUUAAGACUCGCUUAUGGUCGGACUUUCCCUUUAAGUGAUUUAUGCAACAGCAUCUCCCGGUACCUCAGUCUACCUCAGUCAGCACCAUGGACAGCGACCCCGCCAGCUCUCCGGCCGCCUCCUGCGCACCCAGCGGGCCCCGAGGGGCAGGGCACGCUCCUUCAGUAACGACGACCAGCUAAUAUCUCCCAUCAUGUUACUGCGGCACUGACAGCUGAACCGUAGAAAGCAGGAUGCGGGAUUUCCCAUAGAAACACCCUCGCGUAUUGCUUUCCUUGUCUUAACCCGUUUCCCAGCAGCUGGAAGGUACAGAUGCUCUUUUUUUGGCCGAUCACCGGCUGUAAAUGCCUCUAAACGACAGCAGAUGUGACGAGUCUCAUUUGAGGGUCGCUGUGGAGCAAAGGUGGUGAAAUCUCUCGCUCUUCCUCCUUCACGCCCUGUCAUCACUACCAGUAGCUGCCCAGCACCAUGUCUUCUCCACCAUCGGCUGCGACAGCGAGUGAAAGCAGCACCACCACCGUUUUCGAGGAGGACACCAGAGAGGAGCAAAGACCGCUGAAGCAAUCUCUAAGCAAGUCCUUAUGUCGGGAGAGUUUCUGGAAAUGCCUACUCCUGUCCGUUCUCAUGUAUGGCUGCAUGGGAGCCAUGGUUUGGUGUCACAUCACCAAAGUGACUCGUUUCACCUUCGACAGUGCCUUAAAAGGAAAAUCCAAGAUGUACCAUGACAGCCCCUGUUCUGAUGGCUACAUCUACAUUCCCUUGGCCCUACUGGGCAUGCUCUAUUUAGUCUACCUGUUGGAGUGCUGGCACUGUCACGUGAAGAAUGAGUUGCUGCACAAAAUGGACGUGGAGGGCAUCUAUGACCACAUCAAGAAGAUGCAGCAGGCUAAGCCCUGCAUCUGGUGGAAGGCCUUCAGCUAUCACUAUGUGCGCCGAACUCGACAAGUCACGCGCUACCGCCGUUAUACUUGCACCCAGGUUUACCAUGAGCGCCUCGACUCCCACGUGGCAGAAGCAGAAUUUGACUACAGCCACUGUGGUGUCAAAGAUGUUUCCAAACAGCUGCUGGGCUUGGAGAAGUCUGUGCUUACAAAGAUGCGCUUGACUAAGUGCUUCAGUUUUGCCAACGUAGAGUCCGAGAAUUCUUAUCUCACUCAAAGGGCGAGGUUUUUCACCGACAACGAGGGCCUGGAUGACUACAUGGAAGCCAGAGAAGACAUGAAUCUAAAGAACAAUGACCUGAAGGAGUAUGUCUUGGUGCUCUGCGACCCAAAGCACCACCCUUGGUAUCUGUCCCACUACGUCUUCUGGUUUGCCUCCUUCCUCACGUUCUCCUGGCCUCUCAGAGUCUUCACAGAGUAUCGCACUGCAUACGUCCACUAUCGCGUUGAGAAGGUCUUCGGGCAUGAUUACCGACCUGUGUCGCCAUGUGUUGAUCGACGAUACUGGUGUCGUAUCCCUCGAGUUAAAAGCACUGAUGUUACAGAAUUGGAGUGGCACAUUUGCUCCAACCAGCAGCCUUACCCAGAGGCUGACCUCAUGGAUCUGGCCCAGCGACCGUCCAACUUCAGCGAGAUUCAUCAGAACUGUGAGUGCUGCCACAGAGUCAUCAUCUGAUCCUCAGUGUUCUUUAGAAGCCCCCUCAGCAUCUGCACUUGUGCCAACAUUCCUUUAAAGGAU